GCUACUCUACCAGCCAUGACGGAGGGUGAGUCUAUUGUUGCGCAAGGCCGGCGACGAGGAUGUUCGGCCUCAGCCACAAACAUUUCACAUGGGAGAGCCUACACCCGACACCGAGGAGGAGUGCAUGGCUCGAGAGGCGAAGGAGGAUGAGGAGGAGGCCGCAAGGGCCAAGGCCCUAGCCGAUGCUGACCCGCGCACACAGGCCAUGGCACGUGACAUGGAGGCCAUGCGUCAGCUAAAGACUGGGGGAGGAGUGCGAGGCCAUGUUGUGGAGGAUGACCAGAUGCAGGGCUCAGUUGGUAAUGCGCACGCGCAGACAUUGGAGUAUCGUGGGUUGGUCGAGGAGGCAGCUGCCCUCACUUUACAUGCGGUUCGAGAGAGAGAGGGCGAGACACCCGGGCCCGAUAUCGACAACGCACCCAUCGUCCCGAUACCACCAGACGGAGAGGCGGACGCCGUUGCAGUGGCACACGACAGAGAGGUGUGCGGCGAGAUAGUGGUUGACUCCAAUGUGCCAAAGGCUGAUGCUGCUCAGUCGGUGGCCGCCCAGAUGUACCAGGGGGAGACGUGGAGGAUGAGGAGGCAGUUGGGAGUCCAGCGACGGUCGACGACGGCUACCAGGAAGAGGCAGCCCGGGUUGGGGAGGCGACGCUCGUCCACGUCAUCGACGAGGGAGGUGCAUGCUGCUGGAUUCGAGCAUCGUGGCGGGUUGGGUGCUGAUGUCGAGGUUGUGGGCGGACGAGGAUCUGCCGCGCCCGGUGCACGAGUGUCGACUCACAGAUUGAGGGAGGUUUCACAGAUCCUCGGGGCAGAUGUGUUGGGGCCUCCCAGGACACAACGACCGAUACCUCGACGAGCAUCACACCUUGAGGGUGAGACCACCGGGGGCGAGGGGUUGGAGAUGAUGCGAGGGAGACGUCGCACGGACACCCUCUUAGCGGCGUUACAGAGGGAGAUGAGACGAGAUGGCGUCACGGUCGUUGACGACGAUCAGACUGACGUCGCUGCAAAGGAGGCUGAUGGAGAGGAGGACAUGUCGAUACAAGAGGCACGCCGGACGAGCUUGGAGCGUGGCGAGCGGUGGACCACGAGCCCGACCACACGUGCUGGACACCGUUGACUUUUUUGUGAUUGUUAGUGGUCAGCGGCACGACCGUAUCAUGUAGUUUUCACACGU